UCUGUUUCAACCCUGAUUUGGGGAUUGAAUGGACGGCUGUUGUUUGCUAUUGCAGUUGCAGCAGUUGGUUCUUCCUUUCAGCACGGCUACAACACAGGGGUUGUCAAUGCACCACAAAAAACAUCAUAUGAGCUUGAACAUCAAACUUCUUAGUUCAAGAGUAUAACCAAUUUUGUUGAUCCUUCAAGGAUUUGAGACUGAGCACGGGCCAGCUUCUGAUGUCAUGUAUAAAUAUGUACAUGUGCCUAUCUGCACCUCCCAUUUGGUGAUGGUGAUAGAAGCUUUCAUCAGAGAUGUACUGGCAAGUCGAAAGGGUGAGUCGACAAAACCAGAAGACAUCUCACAAGAAUCUGUGACAACAGUGUGGGCUACUGCUGUAGCCAUCUACUGUGUAGGAGGUAUGCUCGGAGGAGCACUGGUGGGUCUCACUGCCAAAACCCUAGGCCCUAAAGGAGGUCUUUUUUGGAACAACUUAUUCGUCUUUAUUGGCGCUUUACUUCAAGGAUUUUCAAAAAGUGCUCUUUCAUAUGAAUUAAUAGUGAUUGGUCGAUUUAUUAUUGGCAUAAAUUCAGGUCUAAAUGCAGGAUUAGCUCCAAUGUAUUUGACCGAAAUUUCACCAGUUAAUCUUAGAGGAGCAGUUGGAAGUACUUAUCAGUUAGUGCUCACCAUAUCUAUUCUCAUCUCUCAGAUCAUGGGUUUAAGUUCUGUGAUGGGCACUGCAGAUUUAUGGCCUAUUCUUCUGAUUGUCUGUGUACUUCCUGCAGUUUUUAUGGUUCUGGGUUUACCUUUCUGUCCAGAGUCACCCAAAUAUUUACUGACUCAAAAAUCAAAAGAUGAAAAGGCUCAGAAAGCACUAACAUGGUUUAGAGGCACAACUGAAGUUCAAGAUGAGAUGGAGGAAAUGAGAGUUGAGAAAGAGCAAAUUAAACAUAUGCCAAAAGUUACUAUGAAAGAAAUGCUUGUUAACCGCUCACUGCGUAUUCCUCUCAUGAUUGCAGUGGUCAUCAUGUUAGGACAGCAAUUCUCUGGUAUCAAUGCAGUUAUAUUCUACUCUACAGACAUUUUCAAGUCUGCCAAUCUAAGCGAUUCCGAUGCUCAACUGGCAACUUUACUAAUGGGAGUUGUGAAUGUAAUGAUGACAGUUGUAUCUUUGGUCCUUGUUGAAAAAGCUGGGCGUAAAACUUUACUCCUCAUUGGUUUUGGAGGAAUGGUUAUUGAUACAAGUCUUCUAACUGUUGGCCUAUUUUGUGUUAAACAAUAUAAUUAUGUGUGGGUGUCAUAUCUCUGCAUCGCUUUUGUACUUUUCUUCGUCAUAAUGUUUGCUGUUGGUCCUGGCUCGAUUCCUUGGUUCCUUGUCAAUGAACUAUUCAACCAAUCAGCUCGCCCCAUGGCCUGCAGUAUUGCAGUCACAACUAACUGGACAGCAAACUUCUUUGUCGGUAUGGGCUUCCCGUUUUUAAAGAUAAUAGUAGCAGAAUUUUGUAUGGUCAUAUUUGUUAUCUUCCAAUUCCUCACGGUCCUUUUUAUAUGCAUCGUUGUUCCUGAGACCAAACAGAGACCUAUUGCAGAAAUUGUUGCCCUCUUCAGCAAACAAACUCCCGAUACGCCCUCUCCUGAUCAACCACCAGAAACAGACAACCCAGCUGCGCCUUCUGAAUAAUGAGUUAUUCUAAUUAAAAUUAAAACAUUGGUCCAAAAUAUUGUUGGGCCAUUUUUUCAGCUACUUUGAAUAUGGCUGAAGGAUUUAUUGUAAACGAUAUAGUUCUUCUCACCAGGCCACACUGAAGACCAUUUAAUUGAAACUAAGACAAUCUAUUAAAUUUCAUUUUAAAAAUUACACAAUAAAAUAAACUAUAUUAUGCAAAAUA